GGCAUAGUUGAAGCCACCUCAGCAAAGGUAGGAAGCAGGGUAGGAAACUCCAUUAGUAAUGGAGUUUCUUUUCUUGGUCUUCCUCUGUUGCUCUUUCUGGUCAGGUGUCUUUUGAUUGUCUUUCGUCCUGUUCUGAGGCCUUGGGAUCCCAUCCUCUUUCCCUGGGUCUAAGCCCCACUCUCUGGCAGGUUUGACAGCAAUGCCUCUGCUAGCUCCUCCAGUAAUGAGGGUGACAGUGAUCGAGAUGAGAAGAAGCGGAAACAGCUCAAGAGGGCCAAGAUGGCCAAGGAUCGGAAGAGCCGCAAGAAGCCUACGGAGGUAAAGAAGGGCAAAGACCCCAAUGCCCCUAAGAGACCCAUGUCUGCAUACAUGCUGUGGCUCAAUGCCAGCCGAGAGAAGAUCAAGUCAGAUCAUCCUGGCAUCAGCAUCACAGACCUUUCCAAGAAGGCAGGCGAGAUCUGGAAGGGAAUGUCCAAAGAGAAGAGAGAGGAAUGGGACCGCAAGGCUGAGGAUGCCAGGAGAGACUAUGAAAAAGCCAUGAAAGAAUAUGAAGGAGGGCGAGGCGAGUCCUCUAAAAGGGAUAAGUCAAAGAAGAAGAAGAAAGUAAAGGUAAAGAUGGAAAAGAAAUCCACACCUUCUAGGGGUUCAUCAUCCAAGUCAUCAUCAAGGCAGCUAAGUGAGAGCUUCAAGAGCAAAGAAUUUGUGUCUAGUGAUGAGAGCUCCUCAGGAGAGAACAAGAGCAAAAAGAAGAGGAGGAGGAGCGAGGACUCUGAAGAAGAGGAACUAGCUAGUACUCCUCCCAGCUCAGAGGACUCAGCAUCAGGAUCUGAUGAGUAGGGAGAGUUCUCUCUACGCACUUACCCUGCCACACCCCAAAGCUCCCCAACUCAUGUUUUGGUACCAGUUUCUCCUCACAUGAAAUGUAGUGCUUGGAUUCUGUGCCAUCUGAACAAGCUCUCUGGAGGCAGGCACUUCGCUCGGACAGUGGGGAAUGGUCUUCCCCCUGCUGCUUCAUAAGGACUGCUCCUUGUAGUUUGGGGAGAGACUGGGUAGGAUUCUGUCUACUAUCUGUUCACAGGGCAGCACAGGAUCCAAAUCCUCAUUCUGCUGUCUGGACCUUAGGGAUACAGCUGCUUCUUGUCCUGUUCAGGUUGCUGCAGCAGGGAUCAUGUGAGGUCAAGCCUAUAGCUCCUAACUGGGCCUAUUUCUACUUUUAUUUUGUAUUUCUGGUCAGUGAAAUCAACAUUUAAUAAAGGGAACUGACUUUG